AUGCGUCAGCUCGGACGCAUGCUCGCCCUCGCGGGCAUCCCCAUGGGCCUGCGCUUCCGAUUCCUCGACCCGAACCCCGACCCGUGCGCCGCAGAGCUCGGCGAGCACGUCCACGCCGAUUACGAGGACGAGCGCGCCCUCGCCCGCUUCACCGAAGCACUCGACGCCGCGACCAUCGAAUUCGAGAACAUCCCGCCCGCCGCGCUGAAACGCGCCGCGCAGCGGGUCCCCGUCCUCCCGGGCCCGAGGUCCCUCGAAACCGCCAAGGACAGGCUCGAGGAGAAAAGGCUCUUCGACCGCUGCGAGAUCCCAACCGCCCCGACGCGCACCGUCGAUACCCUCGAAGACCUCGAAGCCGCGCUCGCAGCGAUCGGCUCGCCCGCCAUCCUCAAGCGCCGCACCGGCGGCUACGACGGCAAGGGCCAGGCGAAGAUCACCUCCCCCGACACCGCCGCGAUCGCCUUCGCGAGCAUCGGCGAGCGCCCCGCCGUCCUCCAGGGCGUCGUCGAAUUCGACCACGAGUGCUCCAUCGUCGCCGUCCGAUCAAAGACCGGCGAGAUGGCCUUCUACCCCCUCGCGAUCAACACCCACACCCGCGGCAUCCUCACCAGAUCCGUCGUCCCCGCCGAGCCCCACGCGCUCACCGACGCCGCCGUCGCCCACGCCACCAAGAUCCUCAACGAGCUCGACCACGUCGGCGUCCUCACCAUCGAGUUUUUCGUCGAGAACGGAGCGCUCGUCGCCAACGAAAUCGCCCCGCGCGUCCACAACACCGGCCACUGGACGAUCGACGCCGCACGCACCUCCCAGUUCGAGAACCACCUCCGCGCCAUCCUCGGCUGGCCGCUCGGCGACACCGCCUGCACCGAUCCCGAGGGCUGCGCCAUGCUCAACUGCAUCGGCGCGAUGCCCCCGGCCGCGCAACUCCUCGAGGACACGCGGGCGAGGCUCCACGACUACGCCAAGCAGCCCCGCCCCGGACGAAAAGUGGGGCACAUCACGCGUCCCGGCGCGACCAACGACGCGUUCGACGUUCUCGAAGCCCUCGUCACGAAGACCAACGCCCUCGCCGUCCCCAUGGAACCCGGUAAAUCCGCCCUCGAAAGCCCCGUGAUCGACAACGAGCAGUGCCGCGCCGCGCUCAAGUACGCGAUGGAGUCCGAGGACCUCCCGUCGGACGAGAUCGACAUCGACCGCAUGAAGGUCACCCAGCACUACGAGGCCUACACCGACGAGAACCACGAGGUCUGGAACUACCUCUACCAGAAGCGCAUGGAGCAGCUCGUCGACGUCGGCUCCAACAUCUUCCUCAGCGGCAUCAAGGCCAUCGGCAUCAACGACGGAAAGGUCCCCGACCUCCGCACCGUCAACGACAACCUCAAGAGCAUCACCGGCUGGUCCUCCCACGGCGUCCCCGGCUACCUCCCCGGCAAGUCAUUCUUCGCCUUCCUCGCCCAGCGCCAGUUCCCGACCACCAUCACCGUCCGACCCAAGACAUCGAUGGACUACCUCCCCGAGCCGGACAUCAUCCACGACGUCUUCGGCCACGUCCCGCUCCACGCCGACCCCGUCUUCGCCGAGUUCCUCCAGACCUACGGCAAGGCCGCGCUGCACACAGACGACAAGACCAAGCUCACCCAGCUCGGCCGCAUCUUCUGGUUCACCGUCGAGUUCGGCCUCAUCAACGAGGACAACAAGCUCAAGCUCUACGGCGCCGGCCUCAUUUCCUCCGAGGGCGAGGGCCACCACGCCCUCAAAUCGAGCGAGGUCGAACGCCGCCCCUUCGACCUCAAGACCGUCUGC